AUGGACUUCCAAUCCAUGUUGCAGCAGGCGCGCAUGGGCGGCGGUCCCGGUGCAGGGGCAGCACCUGGCGAUGCACCGCAGAACGACAAUGCCGAGAUGGUCUACAUCUCAUCGCUCGCGCUCAUCAAGAUGCUCAAGCACGGUCGAGCAGGUGUACCGAUGGAGGUGAUGGGACUCAUGCUCGGCUCGUUCAUCGACGACUACACUGUCUCGGUGAUUGACGUUUUCGCCAUGCCUCAGUCCGGAACCGGUGUGUCGGUAGAAGCCGUCGACCCUGUUUUCCAAACAAAAAUGCUCGACAUGCUCAAGCAGACCGGACGUCCCGAGAUGGUGGUGGGCUGGUACCAUUCGCAUCCCGGAUUUGGUUGUUGGUUGAGUAACGUGGAUAUCAACACGCAGCAGUCGUUUGAGCAGCUCAACCCACGUGCGGUUGCCGUUGUCGUCGACCCCAUCCAAUCGGUCAAGGGAAAAGUCGUGAUCGAUGCAUUCCGCCUGAUCAACCCUUCGACCGUCAUGCUCGGCCAAGAACCGCGUCAAACAACGUCGAACAUCGGCCACCUCAAUAAACCCUCGAUCCAAUCGCUCAUUCACGGCUUGAAUCGACACUACUACUCGAUCGCCAUCGGCUACCGAAAAACUGAGCUGGAACAGAGCAUGCUCAACAACCUGCACAAGCGCAACUGGACCGAGGGAUUGCGUUUGAGAGAUUUCAGCGAGCACAAGGAGAACAACCGCAAAGCCAUCGAGAAGAUGCUUUCGCUGUCCGAGGCGUACAACAAGUCGGUACAGGAAGAAAGCACCUUGACACCAGAGCAGCUCAAGACCAGGCAUGUAGGUAAGCAGGAUCCCAAACGUCACCUCGAAGACGCGGUGGAACAGACCAUGGGUGAUCAGAUCGUACAGAGCUUGGGCACUAUGCUCUUGGCAGAGCUCUGA